CCCUCGCGCCGCCUUUGCGACAGCCCUUACCGACCGGAGCUCCGUUCCGGUAUUCCUCUUCUCCUUCAGCAGCUCUAUUAGAACUGGUUAUGAAACCAAAGGAGCACAUACAUUAUUAUAUUUUCUCCCGGUCACUUGGCAAAAAUUGAGAAUGGAUAUUGACAGAUUCUGUAGUCUCGACGGUUCUGAUCCCUUUUGGGACUGGAACCGGACGUGGUUCGCCUCCAACCCGGACCUGACCCAGUGCUUCCAGAACACGGUGCUGGUGUGGGUCCCCUGCGUCUACCUCUGGCUGUGCGCGCCCCUCUACUGCCUGUACCUGCGGCACCAUGACCGAGGGUACAUAUGCAUGACCCACCUCAACAAAGCCAAAACCGUUCUGGGGCUGCUGCUGUGGGUUGUCUGCUGGGCAGAUGUCUUCUAUUCUUUCUGGGAAAGAAACCGAGGGGUUGCCAUAGCGCCGGUGUACCUGGUCAGCCCCACCAUUCUGGGCAUUACAAUGCUGCUGGCGGGGGGGCUGGUGCAGUACGAGCGGAUGAAAGGAGUGCAGUCCUCGGGCGUGAUGCUGAUCUUCUGGCUGCUGGCUGUGCUGUGCGCCACCGUGGCCUUCCGCUCCAAGAUCCUGCAGGCGCUCGGCCAGCCGUCCAGCGUGGAUGUGUUCCGCUGCACCACCUUCUACAUCUACUACGCCCUGCUGCUGCUCUCCUUGGCCCUGUCCUGCCUGUCCGACUCGCCUCCCCUCUUCUCCCAGGUGGUCAAAGACCCGAAUCCCUGUCCUGAAUUGGGAGCCUCCUUCCUGUCCAAGAUUACCUUCUGGUGGAUCACAGGCCUGAUGGUGCAUGGGUACCGGCGCCCCCUGGAGGAGAGUGAUCUGUGGUCUCUCAACCCAGCCGAUCAGUCUCAGGCCAUCGUCCCCCAGCUAGUGCGCUCCUGGCACCAGGAGUGCAGCAAGGCUAAGAGGCUGUCCGAGACGAGCGCGUACUUCCCGAGGAGGCCGCCGGCGGGCGGGGCCCAGGGCGAGCGGCCUGCGGAGGAGGCGGAGGUGCUGCUGGUGAAGACGGCGCAGAAGGGCCGCGAACCCUCCCUCCUGCUGGCGCUGUGCCGCUCCUUCGGGCCCUACUUUCUGAUCAGCUCCUUCUACAAGAUUAUCCACGACCUGCUGAUGUUCAUGGGGCCCGAAAUCCUCAGGCUGCUGAUUCAGUUUGUGAACGACUCGAGCGCCCCCUCCUGGCGGGGGUAUUUCUACACCGCCCUGCUGUUUGCGUGCACCUGCGUGCAGACGCUCAUCCUGCAGAAGUACUUCCACGUCUGCUUCGUCACCGGCAUGCGGCUGCGCUCCGCCAUCGUGGGCGCCGUGUACAGGAAGGCCCUGGUCAUCACCAGCGCCGCUCGGCGCACCUCCACUGUGGGUGAAAUCGUGAACCUGAUGUCCGUGGACGCCCAGCGCUUCAUGGACCUCAUCACCUACAUCAACAUGGUCUGGUCCGCACCGCUGCAGGUGGUCCUGGCCCUCUACUUCCUGUGGCAGACUCUGGGCCCCGCCGUGCUGGCCGGUGUGGCUGUCAUGGUCCUGAUGUUCCCAAUCAACGCCUUCAUCGCCAUGAAGAACAAAACCUUCCAGGUGGCCCAGAUGAAGAGCAAGGACAACCGGAUCAAGCUGAUGAACGAGCUUCUGAACGGGAUCAAGGUCCUGAAGCUGUACGCCUGGGAGCUGGCCUUCAAGGACAAGGUGUCGGAGAUCCGCGAGAGCGAGCUGCGCGUGCUCAAGAAGAGCGCCUUCCUGGCCGCCAUGGCCACCUUCACCUGGGUCUGCGCCCCCUUCCUGGUGGCGCUGUCCACGUUUGGGGUGUACGUGCUGAUAGACGAGCAGAACGUUCUGGACGCUCAGAAGGCCUUUGUGUCUCUGGCUCUCUUCAACCUGCUGCGCUUCCCGCUCAACAUGCUUCCCAUGGUCAUCAGCAGCAUGGUGGAGGCUAGCGUUUCCCUGAAGCGGUUGCGGGUGUUCCUGUCUCAUGAAGAGCUGGAGGACAGUGUGGACAACACGGCCAUCACUUCCUCCUCCGACAGCGUGGUCAUCAGCAACAGCACCUUCAGCUGGUCCAGAACUGACCCUCCCACUCUCAAGAGGAUCAAUGUGCGGAUUCCGGAAGGUUCUCUGGUGGCGGUGGUGGGGCACGUGGGCUCGGGGAAAUCGUCUCUGCUGUCUGCCCUGCUGGGGGAGAUGCACAAACAGGAGGGGUCUGUCUCCAUGCGGGGCUCUGUGGCCUACGUGCCCCAGCAGGCCUGGAUCCAGAACGCCAGCCUGCGGGAGAACAUCGUGUUCGGGUGCGAGCGGAAGGACAGCUGGUACUGGAAGGUGGUGGAGGCCUGCGCCCUGCUGCCCGACCUGGAGAUCCUGCCAGCCGGAGACGCCACCGAGAUCGGGGAGAAGGGCGUGAACCUGUCCGGCGGGCAGAAGCAGCGGGUGAGCCUGGCGCGGGCGGUGUACUGCGACCGCGCCGUGUACCUGCUGGACGACCCGCUGUCCGCCGUGGACGCCCACGUGGGGAAGCACAUCUUCGAGAAGGUGGUGGGCCCCCAGGGGCUGCUGCAGGGCAAGACGCGUAUCCUGGUGACCCACGGCCUCAGCUUCCUGCCCCAGGCCGAUCUGAUCCUGGUGAUGGUGGACGGGGAGAUCACGGAGAUGGGCUCGCACGCCGAGCUGAUGGCGCGGCAGGGGGCCUUCGCCGAAUUCCUCCAGACCUACGCCAGCGCCGAGCAGGGGGAGGAGGAAACUGACGUGACCGUAGAGAAGAAGGCCCAGGAGAACGGCGGUCCGGCGGCACUGCUGGGGCCCACCAGCCCAGCCUCUGUACCGGUGGCGAACUCUACCCAGCCAGCCACGAAGGACCGCGAGGGCGUGGCCCUGGGGGCCAAAGAGCAGCAGGCCGGGAGGCUCACGGAGGCAGACAAGGCCAACACAGGCCGGGUGAAGCUGUCGGUGUUCUGGGAGUACAUGAAGGCCAUCGGCCUGGUGCUGUCCUUCAUCAGCGCCUUCCUCUUCUUCAGCCAGCACCUGUCCUCCCUGGCCUCCAACUACUGGCUGAGCCUGUGGACGGACGACCCCGUGGUGAACGGGACGCAGCCCUCCAGCCGAAAACGGCUGGGCGUGUACGGGGCGCUGGGCCUGUCCCAAGGGCUCUCGGUGUUCUUCUACUCCAUUUCGGUGUCGUUCGGCGGCAUCCUGGCGUCCCGGUACCUGCACCAGACCAUGCUGUACCAGGUCCUGCGGUCGCCCAUGGCGUUCUUCGAGCGCACGCCCAGCGGCAACCUGGUCAACCGCUUCGCCAAGGAGAUGGACACCAUCGACUCGGUCAUCCCCAACAUCAUCAAGAUGUUCCUGGGCUCCAUGUUCAACGUGCUGGGCUCGUGCGUGAUCAUCCUGCUGGCCACGCCCCUCGUGGCCGUCAUCAUCCCGCCCGUCGGCCUGCUCUACUUCUUUGUGCAGCGCUUCUACGUGGCGUCGUCGCGGCAGCUGAAGCGGCUGGAGUCGGUGUGCCGCUCGCCGGUGUACUCCCACUUUAACGAGACGCUCCUGGGGACCAGCGUCAUCCGCGCCUUCCGCGAGCAGGACCGCUUCAUCCGCCAGAACCAGGACCGCGUCGACCGCAACCAGAAGGCCUACUACCCCAGCAUUGUGGCCAACAGGUGGCUGGCGGUUCGACUGGAGUUCGUGGGGAACUGCAUCGUGCUGUUCGCUGCCCUGUUCGCGGUCAUGGCCAGAGACAGCCUGAGCGCCGGCCUCAUGGGCCUGUCAAUCUCCUACGCCCUGCAGAUCACCACGUCUCUCAACUGGCUGGUGCGGAUGUCGUCCGAGGUGGAGACCAACAUCGUCGCCGUGGAGAGGGUGAAGGAGUACGACCACACGGAGAAGGAGGCGGAGUGGACGUCGGAACCCUCCACCCUGCCCCCAGGCUGGCCCACCAAGGGGCACAUCCACAUCCAGAACUUCGGGCUGCGCUACAGAGAAGACCUGGAGCUGGCCAUCCGCGACAUCUCCGUCACCAUCCAGGGCGGGGAGAAGGUGGGGAUUGUGGGACGGACGGGGGCGGGCAAGUCCUCCCUGACUCUGGGCCUGUUCCGCAUCAUCGAGGCGUCCGAGGGUCAGAUCUCCAUCGACGGAGUCAACAUCGCCGAGCUGGGCCUGCACGAGCUGCGGUCCCGCAUCACCAUCAUCCCCCAGGAUCCAGUUUUGUUCUCUGGCUCUCUGAGGAUGAACCUUGACCCCUUUGAUGCGUACUCCGACGAGGAAGUGUGGAAAGCUCUGGAACUGGCCCAUCUGAACAGCUUUGUGUCCAGUCUGCCCAACAAACUGAACCAUGAGUGUGCAGAGGGGGGAGAGAACCUCAGUCUGGGUCAGCGCCAGCUGGUGUGUCUGGCUCGUGCACUGCUGAGGAAGACCAAGGUUCUGGUUCUGGAUGAAGCCACGGCCGCCGUGGACCUGGAGACGGAUAACCUGAUCCAGUCCACCAUCCGCAGCCAGUUUGAGGACUGCACCGUGCUGACCAUCGCUCACCGACUCAACACCAUCAUGGACUACACGCGGGUGUUGGUGCUGGAUAAAGGCAAGAUGGCCGAAUUCGACUCACCGGCCAGCCUCAUCGCCAAAAAAGGAAUCUUCUACCGAAUGGCCAAAGACUCGGGCCUGGUCUGACCGGGAGCGCGGAGCUCACGAGGAGCCAAAGAGCCCUUUUCCUUUUGCGUUUGGUUCAUUUUGAGCUGGCUGUUUAUUUUGGGUUCCAGGCACUGCCAGCAGGCUAGCGCUGGAUGGGGGAGGUCCCCUCAGCCCUGACCUCAGUCACUCGCUCCCCUCCACCCUUUCACUCCUCAGUUUUUAUUUCUGAUGCGUUUUCUUUGUCUUUUCUGUUCGUUUUUCGUUUCGAGUGUUUUCUCUCGUCCGACACAUUGAAAGUUUAUUUAUCACCAAUGCUGCUAUCGUGAGGGGCGUCGCCCUGUCAUAUUAGAGAGAGUUUUGCCCUCUUGACUUUCGCAACUCCAGACUCUCCUGCCUCUUCCGGAGGUUUGCCCCGCCCAUUACAGCGUGACCUUCGACCUCCGAGCUGCGCGACACGGUGCGGGUUCUAUGCAAUCAUCUGUUCUUUCAGACGGACAGACGGACGGACAGACAGGCGGGCGGCUCCCAAGAGGGUCGUAAAGGACAGACUAGGCUGUCUGAGGCCAGAGCUUCCUCGCUGAUGAAGCGCCGUGACCUUGGGGUUGAGGUCAAGGUCGCGGCCAGUCACGCGUGAACUCCACACAGCCGUCUCUCCUCACGCAUCAAAGCUUUUCUCCCUUCUGUAGCGUGAUUUGAAUAAUUUUCUCAGGUUCGUGGGGGUUGUUUUGCAAGAUUUAAGAAAAGCACCUGGAUGUUUCCAUGGUAGAGGAAGUAGGUUUCCUGCACUGCAUUGUAGGAAAGCCCCAUCGACUUCCUGUUUUAUUGUGUGAAUGUGCUUUCUGUUUGACUGACAGCGGACUAUCUUUUGCUUUAUGCGUUUAUUAUCUCUGUGUCUGUGGACUCAAAGAAAUGACUCAUUACAGUCUAGGUCAAUUUGUAGUUCACUGCUGUCCUAGAAACAAUACAUUUUGUUGGAGAGGUGAAUUUAGGUAACGCCCUAAAUUUUUGCUGCGAGCUGGCAGUUUCUCCAUUGUCCUUUCUGAGCUGCUGGACUAAACCACUUCGGCUAAGAGAGGGGGAUCCAUUUAGGAUCAAUCUCACAGGAGUUACCUGUCCGUGACCGUGUCUAUCCCUCUGUCCAGCACAAUCUGAAGUCGGCUUAGAGUGCAGUCUUUCUUUUUUCUGUCUUCUUAAAUCUCUUCUUUGACAGCAGAAAGAUGUUUGUUUGCUCUGACCUGUUACUCAACAUUUAAUGGUCAAAUAAAGAAAAACGAUAAUUGUGCUUUUACAUAUUUAUACUAUUGUAAAUAGGCAUAUUGUAUUUCUUAUGCGUACAUUUAUUAGUUUAUAUUUUUGAGUGUUUAUUUCAUACCAGAAAAUGUUACAGUUUGAUGUGUAGAGGGCGUAAUAAAUUAUUUUGUUACUUUGACUCGGCUCCAAAACAGUAAGUGUGGCUUCAAGUGUCAAGCUAUGUGUUCCCAGUACAUACUUGCCUGUGAUUGGCUCAGACACAUCAUAUGGUUCAUACAUGUACAAACAGUGACACCAGCCUUUAUUACCAAACUCCCAUAGGGGCCACUGUAACCAAACUUUUUAUAUGGUAUCCUCGAUAGAUUUGAAAGAUGUUGAAUCUUAAGUUUGAUGGUUAUUUUUAUGUAGUGCUUUACCUCCUGAUUUUGAACAAAUCCAAUAGACGCAUCUUUAGUGUCUGCGGGAUAAAUGCCUCCCUCCAGGUGUGUCUGGAAUGGAGAGAGUUUUGACAGGAGAGUGUGCUUUGUGAACGAGGAUACCGGAUGAGUGCAAUGGAUAAACAAAUAAAAAGGCUUUUUUUGAUCUCA